AUGUCGUUUCGGGAGAAGAUGCCAACGAGUCCCAAAUCGCCUCUACGAAGAAGACGCUCGAGCUGGACUGGAUCAUGGCUCAACCACCCCACGAUGUCGUUUAAAGAAGUCGUCUCCGCCGUGAUCAACUCCCAAUCACCGAGAUCCACGUCUAAACCCCAAACUCCCAAUUUCAAUUUCGAUUUCGCUUCCUCCGCAAAAAUCGAUCGAACACUCUCCUUACCCGAUUCCCUCCUCCUCAGAAUCCUCCAGAACCUCCCCGAUACACAGAACCAAAACGACGCCGUCUCUCUCGUCUGCAAACGCUGGCUGAAUCUCCAGGGACGCCGUCUACGCACUCUCAAGCUUCUCGAUUGGGAGUUUCUCUCGUCAGGGAAGCUCACCUCCAGAUUCCCGAAGCUAACAACCGUCGAUCUCUCCACCGCGUGUAUGAAUCCGCGCUCUAAUACUCUCCUCUGCCACAAAACGACGUCGUUUCAUGUAUCUCCAGAUUCGUCGAAUUGGGAAGAGAAUCUGUUACAUAGCGAAGUAAUCGAUAGAGGACUUAGGGUUUUAGCGAAAGGAAGCAGUGAUUUAACUAAACUCGUAGUGAUUAACGCUAGUGAGUUCGGUUUACUCGGUUUAGCUGAGCACUGUUCAGAUCUACAAGAGCUAGAGUUACAAAAGUGUAACGAUAAUAUCCUACGUGGCAUCUCCGCUUUCGAGAGUUUAAGAGUUUUAAAACUCGUGGGAAGCGUGGAAGGAUUAUAUACUUCGUCUGUUUCGGAUAUAGGUUUAACGAUAUUAGCACAGGGUUGUAAAAGAUUAGUGAAGCUUGAGGUUAGUGGCUGUGAAGGUAGCUUCGAUGGGAUUAAAGCAAUUGGGCAGUGUUGUGAGUUCCUUGAGGAGUUUAGUGUUUGUGAUCAUAAGAUGGAUGAUGGGUGGAUAGCUGGGCUUUCGUAUUUUCGGAGUUUGAAGAGGUUGAGUGUGUUGUCUUGUGGGAAGAUUGAUUCUUGUCCUGGUCCGGAGGUGAUGCUUAGGUCUUGUCCGAGGUUGGAGAGUUUGGGGCUGGAGAGGUGUUGUUUGAGUGAUAGAGAAGGGAUGAGAGCUUUGUUUAAGGUGUGUGAUGGAGUGAGUAAGGUUUGUGUUAAGGAUUGUUGGGGGUUGGAUGAUGAUUCUUUCAGCUUGACUAAAGCUUUCAGGAGGGUGAGGUUUGUAUCAUUGGAAGGAUGUUCAGUCCUAACAACAAGUGGGUUAGAGUCAGUUAUUUUGCACUGGGAAGAGCUGGAGAGCAUGAGAGUGGUGUCAUGUAAGAAUAUUAAAGACAGCGAGAUUUCACCGGCACUUUCGUCUUUGUUCUCCCUUCUCAAAGACCUGACGUGGAGACCAGACACAAGGUCUCAUCUCUUGUCCAAGCUCGAAGGUGCUGGAAUUGGAAAGAGAGGCGGCAAAUUCUUCAAGAAGAGAUGA